AAGAAGCUUGUGCGCAUGCGCUAAGUCUUUUCCGUCGGUCAGUUUGAUAUUUCGGUAACAUAAUGUAUCAAUCUCAGCAGUUUAAAGAGUUCAUCAAAGAAAGAUUAACUGCUGCUGCUGAAGAAAUCUUCUCAGAGUUUGAAAAAACUCUUAUUCGAUAUGAGGAAACGGCCAGACUGCUGGAUGCCUACUGGAAACCACAUAUAAGCCUGCACAAAAUCGACUGCCCUCAGCAUAGUAUCUGUACAGAGGAGGAAGUCUCUGAUGAGGAGCCAUUCUGUAACCAGAAGAGUAACUUCAGCGAGGACCAGAAUGAACCAGAACUUCGACAGAUUAAACAGGAGGAAUUCUGUAGGUUCCAGGAAGAAGAGGAACCAAAGGAAUGGACGAAUGGAUCGAUGCUGAAUACUAGUUUUGAAAAAGAUCUUCUACAGCAACAGGUCUAUGUGGAAAAAGGAACCACUACAGAGCUGCUAGAGGGGGACUCCAGUCAGGAUCAGGAGGAAUCAGAACCACAAAUCAAAGAGGAGCUGGAGAAUUUAUUUGGCACGCUGGAGGAAGAACAGGAGGAAUCAAACAGUUUCAUGCCAACUUCUAGCUGUGAGCAACUAGGAAACACUGACUUGAGACAAUACCCUGGUUUUCUUGAGAAUAGCAGCGUUAGUUAUCCAGAAACAAACGAUGACCUGAACCAGCCUCGCGCCUAUUCUGAUUGUCAGGAGGAAUUUUAUCCAGGAAGUAGGGAAUCAGAUCCAGAAGAUUGUAAGAAUGCAGAACUGAAGCCAGAAGUAAAACAGUACAAAAUUGGGACAGACUUCACUCCAGUGUCAGAGGGGGGGUCUAAUGUUGAUGCACCCUGGAAGCCUUUUGAAUGUGGCAUUUGUGGGAAAACCUUUCAGGUUAAAUGGAAAUUGACCAGACAUGUGGAGACCCAUGCGGGUAAAACCCUGUUUUCAUGUGGCUUUUGUAAGAAAUUAUUCAAUCAAAACAGCCAACUGAUCCACCACAUGAGAAUCCACACAGAAACGCUCGGUCAACAUAGCAGCUUCUUUUCUCGUUCAGUGGACAAGCCUUUCGUUUGUGGCACUUGCGGGAAACAUUUUACCAAAUCCUACAUCCUUAAAAGACACACAAGGGUCCACACAGGUGAGAAACCAUUUACCUGCAUGAUAUGUAGUCGAUGCUUCAGUCGAAAGGACCACAUGCUGGCUCACAUGAAAAUCCACUUAAGUGAGAAAGGUCCUGGGAGCAGCGACGUCCAGACGGAGUUUAACCCCACGGCGCCCCUGAGCAAACAGCCGGUGAUCGAAGGAGACAGGAAGACCUUUUAUUGUGAAAAAUGUGCCAAAUAUUUCAGAGGUCAACGUAGCUUUUUGUGUCACAUGAAGAGUCACAGGAGCGGGGGGGCGUUUGUCUGUAAAACGUGCGGACAACAUUUCGUUAAUUCAUCCAAACUGAAAAGGCACGAACAGGUCCACACUGGCAUGAAGCCAUUCUCCUGCAGCUCGUGUAAGAAAUCGUUCAGCAGAAGUGAUCAUAUGUUGCGACACAUGAGAAUCUGUAAAUACAAUAAAAAAAAGCUUUAAGGGGUCAAAAAGAUGUAAAGCGCUUCCAUUUGAAGGGAGAAAUGGACCCGUCCACAUGAGAAUCUACACAGCUGAGACUCUCCUUUCUCAGCUGUGUGUAUUCUCUUCCAAAUAAGAUUUGUAAAAAACAGGCAAUCAUUUAUUGUUGGAUAUUAGAAAUUAGUAGUGUUAACAGAUAGUAAUAGAAAAUCACACUGUAAAAAAUAGCUGUAGUUUAUUUAUAAUUUGAUCCAAGCAGCUUCAGAAAAAGGGGUUUUUAUCAGUAGUUAUUCAGUUAGGAUCUUUGACAGUUGAAAUGUUCUUUUUGUUAUUCUUUGUAAAUAUUUAGGGGUGUACUCUUGUUCUUUGUUUUUUGAGGUUUUUAUUGCACUAGUGGAUGGUUUAUUGUAAAAUAGGUAGACAGGAAAGGGGGUAAUAGAGCGUGGAAGAGACAUGCUGCAUAGGACCAGUGACCACAUGUCAGCCACGUUAAGGACUAAGGCCUCCAUACAUGAGUUUUGCGCACUAAACACUGCACCACCGAAGCACACGCAUCUUUGUUUCCUAAGUUAAUAGUAAUCUGUUUAUCACCAAGCCACAAAAAAAUCUCCUUGGAGGAUGAAGCAUAGCAAAUCUCAAAAUGUCUGACAGAGCUGAGGCUCUAACCGGCAACCCACUGGUUCCAGGAGGAAGCCCCACUGUCGGAUGUUAACCCCUAACCUGUUACCACUGUUCCUGUUACAUGGUGUUUUUCAUGUGCUGUUAGGACAAAUAAAAUGUUCACAAUGUA